GUACACAUCAUAAUACGUCAUCCAUUAUAGAAGCUGGAAGAUUGAAAGAGUGUGAGCUGUUCUUCCUCUCGGGUCUCAACACGCUCUCACACAUACAGAGCUCAGUUCACUGAUUCAGGCCAACACUCACACACCCACACACACACACAAUAGCACAGACACCAGCAGGCGGAAAGACGGUGUUGCGGUUGAGUUGCCAGCAGAUGUUUCGCUUAACAUGGGGACGCUUGGGCGGCAGCGUCAUCCGCAGAAGAACCGUGGCCCCCGCCAGCUCCUCAGCGGCUGUCUUGAUGUCUGGCCGAACAACACGCGCGAGAUCGGUGCAAUCGAGGACCGCGUCAAAUCCGGUGCGUCGGGCUUCUCGGGGCAUCAGCGCCACUCGAACGAAAUUGAGUCGACGUAGCAAGUCACCGGCAGCAGUGAAACACAAAGCUAGUGCAUCGGACAACAGUGCGGGCAGAAGAAAGGGCGCACCGACCGCAGCAGAUCAGGCGAGCGCCUCUACCCCAUUAUCCACUGCUAAGGUAGAUGAAACGAAGCGCUACGCGUCAGCGCGCCCGGACUACAUGUCCGCUGAACGUGAAAAAGAGGUGUUGGCGAUGGCUGAGCGAAUGCAGCGGCGGGACUUGACGACAGAGGUGCCGGUGGCGUCGUUCGCCUACGAAAUUCUGAAAGCGCAUCCCUCGGUGCGCAACAUGGGGUUGCGUGAGCGCAUGGACUUUUUGCUAAAUCGCUGGGACCGCCUGAAACAAAGUAAGAAGUUAGAGUACAUUAAUGAUCCCUUACGAGGACUUCUUUAA